AUGCGCAAGAUCGAUCAAAAUCCGCAAAUUUCGGUGAGAUCGCUUGCCAAGGAGCUGCAUGAUGAGUGCGAUUUAGUUGUUUCCCAUGAAACUGUGCGCCAGGCCAUCCUACGACACAAGUAUUCUUCAAGAGUGGCUCGGAAGAAACCCCUUUUAUCGGCAGUUAAUGUAGAAAAGCGCUUAACUUUUGCUACCAGCAUGCUAAAUCGGCACGCAGACUAUUGGGAAGACGUCAUAUUUUGUGACGAAACCAAAAUGAUGCUGUACUACAAUGAUGGACCACCCAGAGUAUGGCGCAUUGUCCACGGUGAUAUCGCAUUUAUGAAGAGCACUAUGAAUGCUGAGCAGUACCUCAACAUUUUAAAGGCACAUUUGCCCAUGUCCGUCAAGUUACCGACAAUGUUAAACUCGAGUUAG